AUGCGACUGCCCCUCCAGCUUCUUCUAGCUUUUUUGAUUCAGCAAUGCAUCUGCACUUCACAGCCAGCCAAGCGCUCUUAUACAACACACGAUUAUUAUGUACUCGAGCAUUACCCUUCCGCAGGUGCAACUCUAAAUGAAUGCACCGAAGAACUUGGAGUGGAACUUGUCGAACAGGUCGGGGAAUUGCGAAACAUAUGGCUCGUGCGCUCCGCAAAGCUCGUGUCCAGCGUUUCUCCAAGGACAGUAUCAGACAGAGUCCUUCGCAAGUUCGAGGAUUUGGCCACCCUUGCAGCCCAUUCCACUAGUUUAUAUCCGCGGGCGGGUCGCCAAGCCCGUGCACAUCGCAUAUUAUCGUCCAUAAAAUAUUUAUCGCCCCAGAUACCCCGCCAACGGACAAAGCGAGACGGCUCUUUCCUAGAACGUGCACCACCUCCCGUUACUCCCGGCGACCCUCAACCGAAAGCUUCUGAGAUCAUUGCAGAACAACUUGGAUUUGUUGACCCCCUAUUUACACAGCAAUGGCAUAUCGUUAACGACCAGUACCCCGAGCAUAUGAUGAACGUGACGGGUGUGUGGGAAAUGGGCAUCACGGGGGAAGGUAUCAUUACUUCGUUGGUGGAUGAUGGAUUGGACUACCGGAGUCGGGACUUGGCUGAAAACUUUGAUGCUGACAAUUCAUAUGACUUUAACGACCACACCGAUCUGCCCACCCCAGUUCUUUCUAAUGAUAAUCAUGGCACGCGCUGUGCUGGUCAGGUCGCCGCAGUCAAAAACGAUGUCUGCGGUGUCGGACUCGCUUACAAGUCAAAAGUUGCCGGCGUACGCAUAUUAUCUGGACCUAUAACCGACUCCGACGAGGCGGCUGCCUUGAACUACGGCUUGCACAAUGUGUCCAUCUUUAGUUGCAGUUGGGGACCACCUGAUGAUGGCAAGUCGAUGGAAGCGCCGGAAUAUAUCAUCGAAAAAGCUUUUGUAAAUGGCGUACAAAACGGUAGGGAAGGGAAAGGUUCAAUAUACGUUUUUGCCAGCGGAAACGGGGCUGCGCAAGGAGACCAAUGCAAUUUUGAUGGGUACACCAACAGCAUAUACUCCGUCACAGUCUCAGCCGUAGACUUCAAAGGCCUACACCCAUAUUAUUCUGAACCCUGCUCUGCCAAUAUGGUUGUAGCAUACAGUUCAGGGAGCGGUCAACAUAUUGUCACUACUGACACCAAUAAUAAAUGUUCCAGCAAUCACGGUGGCACCUCCGCCGCCGCCCCCAAUGCUGCUGGUGUAUUUGCGUUGGUGCUUCAAGUUCGGCCUGACCUGACAUGGCGAGAUAUACAACAUCUUUGCGUGAAAACCGCCCAGAUGAUAAACCCUGAGGAUCCUGACUGGGGACUCAUGGCUUCUGGACAGAUGUACUCGUACAAAUAUGGCUUCGGGCAGCUCAAUGCCUAUGCCUAUAUUCAAGCAGCACAGGAUUGGCAGCUUGUGAAACCGCAAGCGCGCUUCCACCCUCCUGCUGUGCAAAUCAACAACGGUACUUUACUCACAGAAGACGGGGACAUGGAAGGCGGGCAGUUGAUUAUCCCUGGAGGUGUCAUGAGCUCGUUCACGGUGACGCAAGACAUGCUUGACACGCACAACUUUGAGGGGUUGGAGCACGUGACGGUUAGAGUCUGGAUAUCUCACACCAAGCGUGGGGAUGUCGAAGUCGAGCUUACGAGCCCUGGUGGGGUACGCAGCGUUCUUGCAGCUAAGCGGGAUGGCGACCGCGACAGGACUGGUUUCAGAGGGUGGAGAUUCAUGUCCGUCAAGCACUGGUAUGAUUGUUGUGUUUUACAAGACUCAUUCAAGGUUGUUAAGUGUUUUCGUAGGGGUGAAAAUGCGGUUGGCACCUGGACGCUCAAGGUCUCUGAUCAAUCAUCCGAAGGGCACAAUGGAACCUUCCAUGGCUGGCGUCUCAUGUUCUGGGGUUCAUCCAUCGAUCCCAGUGUCUUAACAACUUACGUUCUUCCGCUUUCAGAGUAUCAGCUUCCUUCCACAGCUGACGACGACGCAAUUAACAUCCCCACAUCGACAUCAAGCAAAUCCCAUCCUAAGCCCACUUCUGGUCUCCCAGACGAUCACGGUACUGCCGAAGGCGAAGCCAACAAACCUGCGUUCCCAUCCCCGUCCGUACCCGCGACCGCAACGAUGACGCCCACACCAGACGAAGGGUGGUUCUCAGACAUGUCCAACCUCGUGUCUAGCCAGAAAUGGUUCUUCGGCGCUAUUGGCGCAGUAGUGCUCUUUGGUGUUGGUGCAGCAGUGUUCUUCUGGAGACGCCGCGUGAAGCAUCGGGCGUACGCUGCGCUUAGUGCGGGCGAUGAACUGCAGAUGAACUCGGUCUCAAGGCAAGGCAGGCCCCGUGCCAAGGAACUGUAUGAUGCGUUUGGGGAGCUGUCGGAUGACGAGGAUGCAGAUGAGGAGACUCGAUUGCAUGGUGUAGGGUUUCACUCUGGGUUCUUGGACGACGACGAGCCAUCAGCUGCUGGCCCUGCCCUUGUGUACAGAGACGAGCCUCAAGCGGAGCAUGAUGCGAGUCCUGAUGUUAGAUCUUUAAGCCCUGGGAGCGGCAGCGGCAGCGGAGACGGGAGCUGGGAGCAUGCUUCUCAAACACCAUGA